AUGGCCGCCGAAUUCGAUGCCUCCAAGCUGACGGCCGAGCAACUGCCCGAACUCCUCAAAAAUGACCUCGCAGUCAAGGUCGCGGGCAUCGAUGUCGACGGCGUCCUGCGCGGAAAGCUCAUGGCCAAGAAAAAGUUCCUCAGCAUAGCCAACGAGGGCUUCGGUUUCUGCUCUGUCAUCUUCGGAUGGGACAUGCACGACCAGACAUACUUCAAGGAACUGGCCAUCUCCAACAAGGAGAACGGCUACCGCGACUUGCUCGCCAUACCCGACCUGACCUCCUUCCGGAGGAUACCGUGGGAGGACAACGUGCCCUUCUUCCUCAUCAGUUUCCACGACCCGGACACCAAGGGCACCCUCAGCGCAUGCCCAAGAAGUCUGUUGAAGCGCGCCGUCGACAAGCUGAAGGAGAAUGGAUAUGGCGCUAUGGCUGGUGCCGAGUAUGAGUUCUACCAAUUCCGCGCGCCCCAGAGUCACGAUGGCUCGGAGAGGAACACGUCGAGCACCGCCGCCUUCUUGCGCGACAACCCCGUCAACUCGCUCCCGAGUCUUACCGAAGGCAUGUUCGGAUACAGCAUCACUCGGCCGGUUCACAACCAAGAGUACUACUACGGCAUCUUCAACACAUGCGCCCAGUUUGGCUGCGGAAUCGAAGGAUGGCAUACAGAGUCCGGCCCGGGUGUCUUUGAAGCGGCUCUCGAAUUCGGCGAGAUCCAGCAAAUGGCUGACAAAGCGUCGCUCUUCAAACUUGUCGUCAAGUCACUCGGAUCCAAGUACGGCAUAACACCGUGCUUCAUGGCAAAGCCGCGCGAGGGUCUCCCAGGAAACAGCGGCCACAUGCACGUCUCAAUCGUGGACAAAGAAAACAAGAACCUCUUCUACCGAGGCGAAGAGGACAAGAAUGCGCCAUACUCAGACAUCGCGUACCUUUCGGACCUUGGUCGGCAUUUCCUCGCGGGUUUGAUCGACGGUCUCCCCGACAUCAUGCCUAUUCUCGCACCCAAUGUCAACAGCUACAAACGGCUAGUAGAGAAUUUCUGGGCACCUGUUACUGUAUCAUGGGGUCUUGAACAUCGCGCCGCGUCCAUCCGUCUUAUUUCUCCUCCCACCUCUUCUGGUAAGGCAACACGCUUCGAAGUGCGUGUGCCAGGCGCAGACACAAACCCACACUUCGUCCUUGCUGCCAUUCUAGCUCUUGGCUGGCGAGGUAUCGAGAAGAAGAUGGAGAUUAGCAUACCGCCUCUAGGCAAGGGCGAAGAUGUUGGCGGAGAGGCGGAUAAGGGCGAGCGCCUAGCCAAGAGCCUGAAGGAGGCCACAGAGCGGUUUAUGAGGAAAGAAAGUGUCGCGAGAGAGGUAUUUGGCGAUCAGUUUGUGGACCACUUUGGCGGCACCAGGCAACAUGAGAUUAGGCUGUGGGAUGAAGCCGUGACUGAUUGGGAAGUCAGAAGCAGCACAGUACUUUCUUCAAAUGCCCAAGAUCUUUUCGACUGGUCCAUGCACAUCCAAGACAAUCGCUACGAUGCAUCCUACAACUUCAUCCAGUACUCCGACAAAGGACCAUGGUCAGUUCGCUUCACAGCGUGGUACGUAGCCGGAUUAUUGCACAGAAACCACGGAGACGAUGUGAAGCAUGCAGAAGCUUCUAUUAGGAAUAUACUGGCAUGUCAGAUGACAGAAGAUUUUGACGCUCCAUGGUACGGAACAUACAAGUUAUCCCCCGAUGAACCAGAUCCAACGCCUGAUUCAGGGUUAUAUGUACCGAAGAUAUACACGACCUACGACCCCAACUGGCGCGACUUCAUUGGCACACAACUAAUCCAAAUCCUCUCCGAGUUCUCCUCCCUCCUCGCCCCCUCCCUCAUAACCUCCAUCGAAGACUCGCUCGAAGUCGCCGCCGUGGGAAGUAUGCGCCGCAACGGCACCUACCCCACAAUCGACGACAACCUAACAAUCGGCUACACAAACCCAGCUAUGAUGCGCGCUCUCCUCUGCGAAUACAUCGGCACCCUUCGAUCCAACUCAACCUUCACAUCUUUCGCGGAAGAUCAGGGAAAGAAGAUAUUACAGUUGUUUCAACGAGAAAGCGCAGAGACGGUUAGCGAGUAUAACGCGCCUACGUACUACGGUAUCGAUGUCUGGGCCAUGGGUGCACAGUUUAAAUACGGUGUUGGUAACUCCAGCAUGACGAAAGCUGCGAAGUAUAUCCUGCCGCGGAUGAUGGGUGAUCUGGCGGAUCAUUAUAAUGGGUAUUUGGGGAAUGUGGUAGGGCCGUAUGAUAGGGCGUAUACGAGGGAUAUCACGCAGCAUUCCUCUGUUUUGUCUUUGGUACUGUGGGGACUUUGGGGGAGGGAGCGGACGAGCCAGCCGAAAAAGAUGGAGGGAGAUUUACUGUUUGAUGUCGCUCAAGGAGCGGCUAUGGCGCUUGUCCUGGGGGGUGUGGAGGAGCUUUUGCCAGCGCAUGUGGAAGAGGCGUUUACGACGAGGGACUUCAUUGGAGAGCCAAAGUGGCUGAACCGAACGGUCUGGGAUGAGCUCGAGGGAGGUGAACCGAGAAUCGCGUCCAGUUGGGUGAGCAAAGAGUUGAUGAUUGGCGGACAGCAGGUGGAUGAGGAUGUGAACAGAGGGGAUCAGUUCGUUCCUGCUAUUGUGCAUUGGGCGGGUGAUAGGGAGCAUAAGCCUUAUCCUCUUAACACCUUCUUCGCCCUUUACCCGUCUGCGUCGUCGAUCCACGCUGUCGCCUCGCCGAAUCAUCUCUCCCUUAGCUACCCGAACCGAACGCAAGAAGGAAGCGAUAUCUUUACGUUUGCGCUGUCGAAUGUGCCGCCGAGUUGGACGCUGGGUACUGGGCGACGCAUAACGGGGUUCGAGGAUUUGCCGUGUGUGGACAUUGCGGUUGAGGCGGAGGGCUUGGUGAAGCAGAAUGUGACGUAUGGAACGGCGCUGAGGAACCACCUGUUUUAUAACAUUUCGUAUGUGGUUCCGGAGGAUUUUGAGGGUGUGCCGAGGGUGGAGUUGGAUAUCAAGUAUACGUGCUAA